AUGGAUCAGUUCCAACUAGUGGAAGCGGAGUCUUGGCUGGAUACGUGGACGACUUGGUGUACUUUAACUCCUGCACCGCCCUCUCUUUUUUCUGCGACCGGUAUCUCUUCUUUAUCACACUUUAUUAUACUCGGGCGGCGUGGCAUGGCCAACCAUUGGCUCGGCGUUUUCAUUGCGGCGCUGGCCGUCACUCUGCUCUUCGUUGGCCAAGCUUCUGCACAGCAAGUGGAAAAAACAGGAUUCAAUACAGUACCUGACAAGUUCUUUUAUUUCAAGGAUUCAAAGGUCGUCUUAUGGCUCGAUGCUAGUGCACACGCCGUUUGGCGUUCCGACAAUCAUGGCAAACAAUGGGAACAAGUACAUGAUAUCCCAGGUGAUACUGCUGUCUAUUUAUAUGAACAUCCCUAUGAUAAGGAUAAGGCCUAUGUGCUUAGUAAAGGCAAGAAGCACUGGAAGACAAUCGAUCAAGGAAAGACAUGGCAGCCUUUUGAGACACCCGUUGAACCAGCUACUUAUCCACAACUUGGCUUUCAUGCUGAAAGAGGCAAUUACAUUUUGUUUCAUGGUUUCAAGUGUCAAUUGGGUGGAUGGACAGGUGUAGAUUGUCAGGAUGAGAUCUACUAUACCCUGAAUAAUUUUGAAGAAUUGACACUCCUUCGAAGCAAUGCUCCUUCAUGCAUUUGGUCGUUAUCAAGCCCUGAAUUUGAGAAUGCACCCGUCAAAGAAGUCAUGUGUGUGGAAGGUUCGAGUGGCGCGUUCCUAAAUCCUGAGGAUCUACAACUCGUGCAAUCUGAAGACUUUUUCCGCACCACUCAACCUGUUACCUUUGGAAAGCAAGAUCCUGUUCAUGGCAUCGUCGCCGUCAGUGCUAUCAAUCGAUUCCUCGUGGCAGCGGCCAAGCCCUCAGCCAAAGAACCUACCAUGGAUUUAUACGUCUCCCAAGAUGGCGAGAAUUGGCAUGAAGCUGUAUUCCCAGAAGGUGCUGGAUUACAGGAAAAGGCGUAUACGAUCGUUGAGUCAACAGGCUAUGCAUUGUUGGUGGAUGUGUUAUCCGACCAAGGAGCUGAGAUGGGUACCUUGUACAAGUCCAAUUCGAAUGGCACCUUUUUCGUCAAAAGUCUCGAUUACACCAACCGCAACAGCCUUGGUAUCAUUGAUUUCGAACGCAUUGCAGGCGUGGAAGGUGUCAUGCUAGCCAACAUUGUUGCCAAUCACCAACAGGCAGUGACGGGUAGUGCCAAGAAGGAUAUUCAAUCACGUAUCAGCUUUGAUGAUGGAUCGACAUGGUCAGCUAUUAAGAAGGUGGUUGAUACAGAAGGAAAGGAUAUGAAGUGCUCAGAGGAAGAGUGUGCUUUGCAUUUGCAUUCGGUUACUUCCAUGCACAAUAAUGGUCAAGUGUUUUCAUCCGAAACAGCCGUUGGUGUCGUCAUGGGUGUUGGUCACUAUGGUCACAGCCUUCUCGAGUAUGACGAGUGCGAUACUUUCUUAUCAACCGAUGGUGGAUUGACUUGGAAAAUGGUGCGUGAAGGUGCUCACAAGUACGAAUUUGGCGAUAUGGGAUCGAUGCUUGUCAUUGUGGAUGAUGAAAAGGAAGUUGAUCACGUAUGGUGGAGUAAGGAUCGUGGCGAUCAUUGGGAAAAGCUUGAUUUGGGCGUCAAUAUCCGUGCACGUAUUCUUACUACGGAUCCUGAAUCGACCUCUCGCAACUUUUUAUUGAUUGGAUCUUCACGUUCUUCCGAUGCGCAUGUACAAUCGAUUCAUCUCGACUUUACGCAAGUACAAUCUCGACAAUGUGAGCUUAUUGAAAACGAUGAUGAAAAGAGCGACUUUGAGAAAUGGUUUGCACGUGACUUGACCGAAGGUCCUGAUUGCUUGAUGGGCCACGAGCAAAUGUUUUAUCGUCGUAAAGCGGAUCGUGAUUGCUAUGUUGGCCGCGACUUUGAAGAUCCAGUAUUGGAAAUGAAGGAUUGUCCCUGUACAGAAGCCGACUAUGAAUGCGACUACAACUUUGUGCGUAAUGCGGAUGGCAAAUGCGAGCGUAUCGGCCCCGAUCGAUUGACAGGCGAUAUUUGCAAAUCCAAGGAUGCUGUAUAUCCUGCAUCAAGUGGUUAUCGACUUAUCCCAGGCAACACAUGCAAUGCUGAGAAUGGCAAACGAUUGGAUGAACCGGUUGAUCGGAAAUGCAGUGACAAUGAGGCAGAUGCUAUUCGUCCACCACCUCCUUCUUCGGGCGAUUCUUCGAGACCAGGCUUGGCCGCUCCUUCAGAUGAUGACAUUAAGCGCUAUCCUACCGAGUUUACCGACGAGAUUGAUCAAUUCAUGUACUUUAAGGAAUCACCUGCCAUGUUGUUACGUUUGCGCAAUGGCGAAGUGUGGUAUUCUCCAGAGCAUGGGAUGAAAUGGGAGCGCGUGUUACAAGAACAAGGACCUGCAUCAAGCAUUGUUUUGCAUGAAUUUGACAACACACGUGCAUAUGCAUUGCUUGAGAAUGAUAUCUACGCCACCAAAGAUCAGGGCAAAUCAUGGGAUCAUAUCAAGGUACCUUUGCCUCCUAGUCACUUUGUACCCCAGGUGCUGGAUUUCCAUCCUCAAGAAAAAGAUUGGCUUUUAUUCAUUGGCGAUAGCCAUACUUCACCUCGCCACGCUGAAGCAUACAUCAGUCGCGAUCAUGGUGGCAGCUGGGGCAAUUUGGAUAUGUGGGUCGACAAGUGCAUUUUCGGUCGUGAUUCAAAGUACAACAUCCAAAAGGAAACCAUCUAUUGCGCCGGCUAUGAUAGUCAGCAAAUUGGUGAAGAUUCGAAGCUCAUGCGUACAGUGGAUUGGGGAAACACCAAGGAAGUGCUCUUUGACAAUGUGGUCGAGUUUUUCGUCAUUGAAGAUUUUAUGGCUGUUGCAUCCAGCCGUGGUGGCGAUUUGAUCCUAUACGUCAGCGUGGAUGGUUACUCGUUUGCUGAAGCACAAUUCCCACCAAGCCAUUACAUUGAUCGCAACACGUUUACGGUGCUUCAAUCCACCACCCAUUCAAUCCUUCUCAACAUUUUCAAGGCCGUUGGAACCGCCAAAGCACAUGGCGCACUUUACAAAUCCAAUGAUAACGGCACCUUUUACCACAUGUCAUUGGACAACACGAAUGGUGAUGCUCUUGGCUUUGUUGACUUUGAAAAGAUGCAAGGUGUGGAAGGAAUUAUCUUGGCAAAUCAAGUGAUGAAUGCGGAUGAACUCGUCGGCAACCGGGGCACGGCCAAACGUGUGCGUACGAUGAUUACUUGGGAUGAUGGUGGACAUUGGGAGCCUUUAUCUCCACCCAAAAAGUUCGAUUGCGCCUCCAAAGACUGUACUUUGAACCUCCACAGCCGUACUGAUAUUCAUGGUCCUGGCGCUAUCUUCACUGCUAAUGGUGCACCUGGUCUUGCUAUGGGUGUUGGUAAUGUCGGACCUGAGUUGCUCCCCUACGACCAAAGUGAUACGUUCCUUACUCGUGAUGGUGGCCAUACUUGGGAUAUGAUCCAACAGGGUGAACAUCUAUACGAAUUUGGUGAUCAUGGAUCGUUGCUUGUAUUGAUCAAUGACGAAGGCCCUACAAACGAGUUGUUGUAUUCUUGGGAUCAAGGAGAGACUUGGCACUUUUAUCAGUUUGCACAAACACCUAUCAAGGUGACAGCAUUGACCACCGAUCCCAUGUCCACCACGUUGCGUUUUAUCAUUCUUGGUCAUACCAGGGACAUGCGCCGCUCACAAGUCAUUAUCACUGUUGACUUUAGCGAGACUAAACAACGCAAGUGUGAGAUGCACAAGGAUGAUGAUAGCCGCAACGACUUUGAACUAUGGAUUGCCAAGGAUGACGAUGGUGAUGAUGCAUGUCUCUUGGGUCACAAGCUUGGUUAUUGGCGCCGUAAAAAGGAUCGUGUUUGCAAGGUUGGAGAAGCAUUCAAGGAAGUUGAAGUCGUUCAGGAAACUUGCGAGUGCCGUGACAUUGAUUUCGAAUGCGAUUUUGGAUUCUGGCGUGAUGACAAGGGUGAAUGCCAAUUCUAUGGUCGUCAUCCUGAUCGACCAGUGGAUUGCAAAGAUAACUUCCGUGGUCGUUCUGGAUACAAAAAGAACCCUGCAAGCGUAUGUUCGGGUGGUAUCAACCUUGAGGAACAGCGUGAAUGGCCAUGUGGUGAAGCUGGUGAUGUCCAAAGCACAAAGACCGAAUUCACUGAUAAGAUUGUGGAUUACAUUUACUUUACGGAUACCGAUCGUGUUAUCGUACGCACCAUGGAUGGCAAAGUAUGGGGUAGCGAGAAUGAUGGCUAUAGCUGGAAGGAGUUGUUCCCAGGCAAGAACGUCAUUGCCGUUUACCAGAAUCCCAAGUUUGAAGAACGGGCAUACUUUAUCACGGAUGGCAUGAUGCAUUAUGCUACACAAGACAAGGGCAGCAACUUUGAAGAGAUGACCGUACCACUACUUCCAGUCACCAACUUGCAAGGCAAUGUAUUGAGCUUCCACAAUGAAGAGCCCGAGUAUCUCUUGUACCUUGGUGAAAAGGGUUGUGAUUCUCCCAUGUCAUCCGAUUGCCAUUCAGAAGCCUUUUAUUCUCAUGACCAUGGUCGCACUUGGCGUAGCUUGGGCACAUACAUGCGUAAUUGUAUUUGGGGUCAUGAAGGCAGCGUUGAAAAAGCCGAUCAUCAUGCCGUUCUCUGUGAGCAGUAUCGUGAGCAAUCAGGCAAUCAAAGGAGCUUCUUUGGCAACCCCGUGCAAUUUGUGACAUCCAACAACUAUUUCAAGAAUCGAGAUGUGCUCUUUGACGACAUUGCUGGUGUUGCAGUAUUUGGCAAAUACAUCAUCGUCGCUGCUGCCAACAAUGGUGGUGCUAGUCUUAAGCUUCAAGUGAGCCUUGAUGGUGCCACCUUUUCACCUGCGCAUUUCCCUGCUGGAUUUGACCUGCCGCCAGAAGCCUUUACGAUUAUGGAAUCUCUCAAUUCGAUCUGGAUCCACGUAUCAACCAAUACACACCAUGGCAGCGAAUAUGGUCACAUCUUUACAUCCAAUUCGAACGGCAGCUACUAUGUCAUGUCAUUGGAAAACGCCAACCGCAACGAAGUGGGAAUUGUUGAUUUUGAAAAGAUGCAAGGUAUUGAAGGCAUUGCUAUUGCCAACAAGGUCAGCAACCCUGGUGAAGCCAAUGUGGGCAACCCCAAGCGAUUGGAAACGGUCAUGACAGCGGAUGCCGGCAGCCGAUGGAUUCCCUUGACACCUCCUGAAAAAGAUAGCAACGGCAAAAAGUACAAUUGCAAGGGCAACGACUGCCAUCUUCAUUUGCAUUGUUAUUCGGAGCGCAAGAAUGCACGUGACUUAUUCAGCUUGUCGAGUGCCGUGGGAUUGAUGGUUGGUGUUGGCAACGUUGGCAAUCAACUUCAACCUUAUGGCCAAGGCGACAUGUUUUUGACACGCGAUGCUGGUAAAUCAUGGACCGAGAUCCAAAAGGGAACCCACUUGUGGGAGUUUGCAGAUCAAGGUGCGCUGUUGAUGCUUGUGGAUGAUGAAGAACCCACCAAUGAAGUCAAGUACACGACCAACGAGGGCAAGACUUGGAAGACAUACAAGUUUGCUGACAAGAGCGAACGCAUCAAGGUGGAUGAUAUCAUUACACAACCCGAUGGCACCAGCCAAAAAUAUGUCAUCUUUGGAGAGGAACGUCGUAGCGGCAAAACCGUUGCAUACCAUAUUGAUUUCAGCGCUGUACAACCCACAAAAUGCAAGCUUGAUCUCAACAAUCCUGAAAAUGACGACUUUGAAUUAUGGUCACCAGAGGAUACACGUGGUGAAAAAUGUCUCUUUGGUCGCGAGACCAAAUACUAUCGCCGUAUCCAAGAUCAUGAAUGCUACAUUGGUGAAAAGCUAUUACAACCCCACGAAGAAGUGCGUAAUUGCACCUGUACAAAUGAAGACUUUGAAUGCGACUUUAACUUUGUACGCAACGAGAACAAUGAAUGUGUGCUUGUGCCAGGCCUUGAACCAGUGAUUCCCGAAUGUGAUGGCACGAUGGAAUUCUAUUAUUACCCUACCGGUUAUCGCAAGACAGCUGCCACAUCAUGUCAAGGUGGUCUUACGCUUGAUGAAGGUGACAAGUAUUGGUGUCCUGGCAAAUCAACAUCUGGUGCCAUGUGGGUGGUGUAUAUCCUUGCUCCUAUUGCAGGUGCUGGUGCUAUCUACGGCUGCAUCCAAUAUCGUCGACAUGGUGGCGGUGGUGGACGAAUUCAUUUACCUGAUGGUAGCACCAUGCAAUCAUCACGUUUAUUAUCCCAUCCAGUGCUUGCAAAGAUGGCAGCAGCAGCUGUUGUGAUACCCGUGGCUCUUAUUGGCCUUUUGUCAAGAAUUCCAAUUCCACAUUCCUGGUCAGAUGUUACUGAUGUCUUGCACCAAAUCCCAUUACCAUCAUGGCUCACAGGUCGCACACGUGGUUAUAAUCCAUUGAGCCAAGACGAACAUGCAACCGAUGUAUUAUUAGAUGACUAUGACGAAGGACAGCUAUUGGAGGAUAUUGAAGAAGACGCUGAUGAGCUUUAUUGA